AUGGGUGAAAUUACUCGAAUCGACUGGAUGGACCAUAUCGCUUUUCGCAAAAUAGAGAAGCUCAAGGUUCAAGCGGAAGAGGCGGCUCGAAAACGAGCGCUCCAACUCAAAGCCUCGAAACAGAAAUCUUCUGACACCACGGGUGACAGCUCUAAUGAAGAAGAUCUAGAUGAUGAGAAUUUCCACAUUUAUGUGGAGUUCCCUCGUUUCGAUCAUCCCAUCGUCUGGGCAGAUCAUCAAUACGAUCCCCCACCCGUCUCUGCGUACUUCCAGAACACGCCUGCACAUCCUAAUUCCGCGUUGAAGCCCAUUCCCGAGGUUCGAUUUGGCCCUGGAAUCGGUGAGGUAGAUGGCGCCGGGGUGAUUAGAAUAUAUGACCCAGAGGUGGGCCAGUCUGGGAAUCCUUGUGAAGACAAACACCGUCGCCUCAUUCGUAGCCAUCGCACGGGGUUCAUGGACCGAGAUCUCAAGCCCAACCCCAAGAAUCGCGAUGAGCUUAACACCAUUCUUUCAUACGAACCAACCCAAGACCUCACGGCUGAAGAGAAGGAUCUCAUUUGGAGAUUCCGAUACUAUCUUACCCGAGAAAAGAGAGCUCUUACUAAAUUUGUUAAAUCAGUCAAUUGGCGCGAUGACGGGGAAUCUCGGCAGGCCGUGGAGAUCUUGCCUAAGUGGACUGAAAUCGACGUUGACGAUGCCUUGGAACUCUUAGGGCCUACCUUUGAUAACCAGGCAGUCCGAUCAUACGCCGUGGAAAGAUUGCGCAAGGCGGAUGAUGACGAGUUGCUUCUCUAUCUUCUACAGUUGGUUCAAGCUUUGAAAUAUGAAGAAAGUGCCCAGAACAACGCCGACGACGCAGCCCAAGACUCCUCUCUUGCCAAUUUCCUGAUCACGCGCGCAGCAAACAAUUUCAAACUUGGAAACUAUCUCCACUGGUACCUCAUGGUUGAAUGCGAUGAUGCCGGUCCGGGUACUUUGUCCACGCAGCGGAGAUUAUUUGCGCGGGUGGAAUACUAUUUCAUGGCCGAACUCGAAAGGAUUCAUGCAGACCAUCGAAAACAACUUCUUCGGCAAGGUGAACUCGUCGCAAUUCUUUCAAAGAUUGCUAAAGAUAUUCGCUUUUCUCGUGAGCCACGACCGGUCAAAAUCGAGAAGCUCAAAAAGUCUCUUCGCGAUCCGAAAAAUGACCUAUUCAAUAUUGAUCCUCCUUUGCCUCUUCCGAUAGACCCUGAUGUAUCAGUGGUCGGGUGUUUCCCGGACGAGGCUAACGUCUUCAAAUCGACUUUGUCGCCACUUCUUAUUACCUUCAAAACCACCGAUGGUCAACGAUACCCGUUUCUUUUUAAAGUUGGUGAUGAUCUCCGCCAGGAUCAACUGGUCAUUCAAAUCAUCAUUUUGAUGGACCGCCUCCUGCAAAAAGAAAACCUCGAUUUGAAACUCACACCCUACCGAAUUCUGGCCACGAGCUCCACCGCUGGGGCGGUCCAGUUCAUCCCAUCAAUCUCUCUAUCUGCCGCAUCCUCCAAAUACAAGUCUAUCCUGGCCUAUCUCAAAGAACACAAUCCUGACGACAAUGAGCCUCUCGGGGUUCGCAAAGAAACCAUGGAUACAUACAUCAAGUCCUGCGCGGGCUACUGUGUAAUCACAUAUCUUCUGGGCGUGGGUGACCGUCAUUUAGAGAACCUCCUCUUGGCGCCCGAUGGCCAUUUCUUCCAUGCUGAUUUCGGGUUCAUCCUUGGCCGUGAUCCCAAACCCUUUGCGCCAAUGAUGAAGCUCUGCAAAGAGAUGGUCGAAGGUAUGGGCGGCACAACUUCACCGCACUACUUGCAAUUUAAACAAUACUGCUUCACAGCGUACACGACCCUACGCAAGUCAGCGAACCUCAUUCUCAACCUGUUCAGCCUGAUGGUCGACGCCAACAUCCCAGAUAUCCGCGUCGAGCCUGACAAGGCUGUCCUGAAGGUCAAAGAGCGGUUUCACCUCGAAAUGUCAGAAGAGGAAGCCAUUCGGCACUUUGAGCAGCUGAUUGGAGACAGUGUCAAUGCAAUCUUCGGUGUUGUGAUUGACCGACUCCAUGAGUUCGUUCAAGGAUGGCGGGCAUGA